UGUUUUUAUAAACAUCCUGCAGCCUAGCUGCACACAAGUUAGGGGAGGGUUAUUUUAAUCACAAAUCGGCGUUAUUUCCAUUGCUGCCGCCAAUGUGACAAUGGCAAGGAGUGCAGCUGUGACGUCCGCGAUAAAUGCUCUUGGGUACCCGAAUAGUACAUGUGUCAGUGAGUGUAAAUGCGAUGAACUUCCCUGUCCGCUGCUCUCUUGGUUAGCGGCGGAGCUGUGGGCUGUCUGUCCGGACUUAAUACGAGACAGGAAAGUGGACGUCUUGUUGAUGAGUGAUCUUAGAGUUUUGUUGGAGAACAUGCUCUGUCCUCUCACAAUACUGACCUCAGAUUCACUGGGGCCUCCCCUCCUCAACAAAGUCACUGAGUUCCUUGUAUCAGAAUUGCAAGCAGCAUGCAUACUCAAGUACAAGGAAUUGCAUCCUGAGGAAAAGACCAUGGAAGAGGAAUCUGUAAAAGAGCAAAGAGUGAAAGGUCUCAUAGAUGACUAUACCAAGUUUUGCCAGCAACAUGAGGAUGGUGAGGUUUUUGACCAAAGCACCAGAAGGAUGGAAAUGGAGGCAGAAUUAAAAUCACUGCUUCAGACCCUUGACAUGAAGGCCUCAGCUCAAUUUGCAGAUGUGUUGCAUGAGGUGGAAUCGAGGCUUGCUGUUUUACCAAGUGGAGAUAUGGUCGAGCCUCUUCUAAACACACAUCUUAAUUCAAAACAAUGGAGGCAGGUUGAUGAGAUAAACCAAAUGCUGCUCGAGGAUUAUCAGUGUCGGCGGCAAAUGAUGAUCAAACGCUUUCAAGUUACCCUUCAUUCAUUUGCUUGGGGAGAAAAAAAAAAGAAAAACAGUGCAGUUCUUGCCUCAGUGCCUCCUCUCGCAUCAUUUGCCUUUCCUUCCCAAGUGUCCAUAUCUCUUCUGCUUGCUGCAAGGAAGGAUCAGUCUUGCAUUUUGCCAGUUAAAGCUGGACCAAGCACUGCUGUCUACAAGAUAUUGACAGGUGCGGUACCAGACAGAGGAGGACGUCCUGGGGAAAUUGAACCACCUAUGCCGUUAUGGGAAGGUCGAAGAGGGCAAAGGAAUCAAUCAGGACGAGGAAGUGGAUGCCAUCAGCAACGGCAGAAAAGUUCAGGAAAAAAGAAAGUGAAAAAAGAGUAAUGUUAUUUAAUUUGGCUUAAUUAUAUAAAAAGAUUAUGAUUGAUCAUUGAACUAUUUUUAUUUAGAGCCUGUUUACAAAGCUAAACAUGGGAUGAGACAUUGAAUGUCACUGAGGCUGUAGCCUCGAAGAUUAUUUUUUGUAAAUUGUUUGUAUAAAUCUUAGUUAAUAGCAAAUGUAGUUAUAAUAAUAAGCAUUACUAUUUUUAAGUUGUUUGGCCACCCCCCACUUGUGUAUUUGAAAAUAUAUAGUCAUAUAAAAUGUUAAUUUGAAUAAAUGUUAAUUUGAAUAAAGACACAGUA